CGGGUGUGGGUUCCCCCGUUCCCGAUUUCGGUCUCUGUCAAAUCCCAUAAGGUCGCAGAGUUCCGGCGUGUUCUUGCUAUUCCUGUUCUUGGGGGCGUCCUUGUUGGAGACUUUCCUCUCGGCGCCUGCCCUUUACAUUAGAGCAUGGGGAAGAUCGGGUUGCAACUCAAAGCCACUUUGGAAAACAUUACAAACCUCAGACCGGUGGGGGAGGAUUUUCGAUGGUACCUGAAGCUGAAGUGUGGGAACUGUGGUGAGGUUUCAGAAAAAUGGCAAUAUCUACGAUUAAUGGACAGCCACCCUCUCAAAGGGGGCAGGGGGAGUGCCACAAGGGUGCAGAAAUGCAAGCUGUGCUCCCGAGAAAACUCCAUAGAUAUCUUAAGUCAAACAAUGAAGCCUUACAAUGCUGAAGACAAUGAAACCUUUAAGACAAUAGUGGAGUUUGAGUGCCGUGGCCUUGAACCAGUGGACUUCCAACCACAGGCUGGGUUUGCUGCAGAUGGUGCAGAGUCAGGUACACCAUUCAGUGACAUCAACUUGUUGGAAAAGGACUGGAAUGACUAUGAUGAAAAAAUAAAAGAAUCAGUUGGUGUCUAUGAAGUUACCCAUAGGUUUGUCAAAUGUUGAAACUUUUGUUUCUAUGAGAUCAUUUUCUACAUAGCUGUGAUUGCUAACAUUGUGUUGAUCGAACCUAGAAUAAAGCCCUAUACUUUCUA